AGCUGGCAGAUAAUUUUAGUAUCUGAAUUAUUAUGUGCGGUUUAUUAAUUAAAUAUUUUUAAACAACAAUAAUUAAUAAUGUGUUUACAUAAUUAUUGUUUAUUGCAUAAUAUACUAUGAUUAAUUUAUGAGUAGUUUGUAAAUUACAUUAAUAAAUCCAAAUCAUGUUUUCGGCGUUUAAGAGGCUGGCAGGUAAAGGAGAUGGCCAGCAAGGAGUUUCUGGCAUGCCUCCAGGUCAUCAAACCAUGUCUACACAAUUACAACGGAAAUUCGCCCGUGGAAUUCAAUAUAAUAUGAAAGUGAUUAUAAAAGGUGAUCGUAAUGUUGGAAAAACAUGUUUAUUUAAUCGCCUACAAGGUAAAAAAUUUAUUGAAGAAUAUAUACCAACGGAUGAAAUUCAAGUAACAUCAAUACAAUGGAAUUAUAAAGCAACUGAUGAUAUUGUUAAAGUAGAAAUAUGGGAUGUUGUGGAUCGUGGUAAAAAGAAAAAACAUUUUGAUGGUUUGAAAUUGGAUAAUACACAAUUAGAAAUAUCCGAAGAACCAGCUUUAGAUGCUGAAUUCUUAGAUGUAUAUAAAGGAACAAAUGGUGUUAUUAUUAUGAUGGAUAUUACAAAAAGUUGGACUUUUGAUUAUGUGCAAAAAGAAUUACCCAAAGUUCCUGAACAUAUUCCUGUAAUUGUAUUAGCAAAUCACUGUGAUAUGGCUCACCAUAGAACUGUUACACAAACACAAAUUUCAUUUUUUGUUGAAAGUAUGCAAAAUCGUGCUUCACAAGUCCGUUAUACAGAAUCAUCAAUGCGUAAUGGUUUUGGACUGAAGUUACUACAUAAAUUUUUUAAUUUACCAUUUUUGCAACUACAAAGGGUGUCAUUAUUGCAACAACUAGAACGGAAUAAAACCGAAAUCGAUUUAACAUGUCAAGAAUUAGAUAUGUACUUUGAAUCUGAUGAAGCUGAUUAUAAUAAAUUUAUUGAUCAAUUAUCAAGUCGACGUCGUCAAGUUGCAGAAUUACACUCUCCAAGACCUAUAACAACAACUUUAGAAACACCAUCAUCAAUUGUGUCAGGAAAUAAUACACCAACAGGUGAAAUGCGACACUCACAAUCAACGCCUAUAUUUAUUGGUGCAGGACAUCCAAUUCCGGCAUCGGGUAUUAAAAAUACAUCAACACUUGAUAUUGAUAAAUUAUCACAAGCACCAAAAUUAUUAAAUUCUACAACAUUAUCGGAUACAAAAAUAAAUACAUCGUUUUCAUCGGAUAGUGCAUUUAAUAAAACAAACGAUAAAAAUGAACAAAGUUUUAUGUCGAAAAUAUUUGGAAAUAAACAAUUACAAACAAAAGAUAAUACUAAUGAUGUACGUGGCACUGAUGUUGCUAAAUUAGCUUCGAAUCUAAAUUCAAUUGUAUCUGUUGAUGAAUUUUGUCCGGAUGGUGGUCAAUUGGAUAAAAGCUUUUUAGAAGAUAUUGUUGAGAAAAACGAUUCAGUUGAAAAAAGUACUUAUGAGGCGCUAGAUUCAGACAGUGAUGCUGAAACAGGUAAUCCAUUGGUAGCUGGAUUUCAAGAUGACAUUGUUCCUGAUGAAUUUAAUAUUAAUGAGAAACAAAAUAUUAUUGAACAACCACAAUUACAAACUAUUAAUAAAAAUAAAGUUCAAUCAAUUGAAGAACAGUCAAAUAGAAAUAACAAUUCAAUAAUUAGUGAUUCUGAAAAUAAUCAAUUGCACAAUGAAUUUUCAAAUAAAUAUUUUACACCAGUUUCAAAUUCUGAUGCUAUUGAUACAUGGCUUAGUACAGAUUCUAAAUGGCGACGAUCACCUGAAGGUGGAGAAGAUGUUUCUGUGGCUGGGCAAAGUUUAGAUUACAGUGGAAGUAGUGUGACUAAUGAUGAUACUGGAAGUAUUACUUCAUUUAAUAUUAGUGCAAGUCUUUUAGACUCAACAAAGAAAACAAGUAAAACAAAUAGCACAGAAAAAUUAAAUGAUAAAAAGGAUAAGAAAAGAUCUGAAUAUAAGUCUGAGAAAAAACAUAAACAUAAAAAAUCUGACACUAAGGAAAAAGAUUCAAGUUCAAAAGAUAAAGAAAAAAAACGUAGUAGUAAGAAAAAACGAUCACGUGAUGAAACGUGUGAUCGAUUAAAAGAACACAACAAACGUGACGAAUUAGAAGAAUUUCUUAAUGGCCCUGGCGAUAUUGAAGAAAAUUCAGUUGAAGCAGCUUAUGAAGCUUUUUAAAGGUUUUCCACUUUGCAUUGUUCAGUACCUGACAAGCGUAUUAUAAUAUUAUUUAGAAAAAGUUUAAACGCGCGUUUUCAAACAAAAUGACACAUUUUAACCUAAAAGGUCGUGCCACUUUAUUUUGCAAAGUAUAUUUAGAAAUACAUUACAUUAUGAUGUAUAAAAAAUUAAGAAUAUUUCUAUUUUGUACACAAAUUGUUAAAUAGAUUAAAUAUUUCAAUAUUCCUUCGUAUUGAAUUUUUAAAAUGGUUAAAUUUUUUCCAAUUGUUCAUGUAGGAUUUUCCAAAUAUAGUAUAAGAAUGACAAGAGUAAUCA